UGGGACGUGGCUUUGGGUCAGUAAUGUGGAACACUUAUCACCAUAGCAACAGACACCCCCACCCCUCCAGGCACAGUCAGGAGCCUCGCCGCUGCAGUGAAAGGUUUUUAAAGACCAGACAAAACAUUCUGGGAAUGGGACCACGAAUCAGAAGCAAGAGUAACUUGACAUUCAUUCAGACCUUCGCACUCCAAAGACAUCUGUUCAUACAAAUGGAAUAACUUUUUCCCCUGAGCUGAGAAGGACCAUCUGCAAGGAAAUCACAAAUGGGAUAAAGGAAGGUUAUUUGGUUCUUUUUCUAAUUGCCAUCUAGGCAGUGUGGUGGUUUGUACUACACACAGGCUGAGCCAUGAGAUAAAAAAAAAAUUCAUGACAAAAGCAAAGCUUUAUCCUGGAAUAAAACAAACUCUUUUAUUAGAAAGCGUAGUGAUUCUUUGGUGCUGGUGCAUGGCGCACAAAGGUGUAGGAGCAGGUACACAGGUUACUGGUUUCCAUCUAUAUUACAAUGGCAAAGUGGUUUAAGGAAUUCCCCAUCAAUUUGAAGAAUGGUACCGACAGGAUGCGCUCAUCGUCUGAGUCAGGGCCACAAACAAGGGCCAGUAAAGCCGGGCUGGUGGUCAGCAUUGGUACAAAGGCUACAGGUUCCAAAACGACACCUCGCAAAAUCUCCUCUGCUGAGAGCCCAGGUAGAGGAGGAGUUGGAUCUCUGCUGUCUGGAAGAAACCAUAAAAUCUCAGCUGUUGAGCUGAGCAGAAACGGUUCUCCAAAGGACAGUAAGGUAUGGGAUAACCUCCUGUCGGGGAAGAGCCGCAAGAACUCUAAAACUGAACCGGUGUCCGAAGAGCAGCACCGGUCACCGAAAACCUCUACGCCCACAAAUACUUACAUCAACCGGCUCAUAAGAGUGGACAAACAGGACAAAAGUGGAAACUUCAACAGCAGUACCAUCAGUCAAGUGGUGCCUGAAGAAGAAAAACCAUCUCAGUGCAAAACAGACACACUGAUCAUCCUGGAAGAUUAUGCAGAUCCGUUUGAUGCUCAGAAGACCAGAGAGCAAAGGGAGGCAGAGAGGGUCGGGGAGAAUGAUGGCUACAUGGAGCCUUAUGACGCCCAGCAGAUGAUUACGGAGAUCAGACGCCGAGGAUCCAAGGACCUGCUGAAGGUGUGCGUCGUAAUGGAUGGAAGUGAGGGCACAGGUGACAAAGGUCAGCCUGCGACCUUACAGAUCUAUGAUGUCACAUGCGAGGGAAGUGGCGACGGCAACAAGACCACAACAACACGACCAGAGUUGGACUCUCGCCCCUCCACUGAGUACGAGCUGCCUUGGGAUCGGAAGAAGGAGCACGUUGUUAAAAGUCUGUCUGCUCAGUUUGACAAUCCCGAAAGGCUGAACACAGCCAAAGAGGAGACAAAUCAUCUUAGUCUCACCAGACAUCAUCUGAGGCAGAAAAGCUGGACGCAGAAGAUCCUGAAGUCCUCCCAGAACCUGUUCCCUUCUUCCAGCCCCACCAGUAGCCCUGAACCUGAUGGCUGCUGUGUUGACCCCAGUCUACCCCUGGAGACACAGAGCUGGUACCAUGGAUGUGUGACUCGCCAGGAGGCGGAGUUUCAGCUGCAGGCCUGCAAAGAGGCCAGUUUCCUGGUGAGGAACAGUGAAUCAGACAGUAGCAAGUACUCCAUCGCCCUCAAGACGAGUCAAAGCUGCGUUCAUAUCAUUGUUGCCCAGACCAAAGAAAAUGGCUACACACUGGACCAGAGCAGCUGCGUGUUUCCCAGCAUACCAGAGGUGGUGCAUUACUACUGCAAUCAGCGGCUGCCUUUCAACGGUGCCGAACACAUGACCCUGUUGCACCCCGUGCCUCGCAUCCCCUAACUCUUGGGAAAAAACAAGCACACGUCUGGAAAAUCACCUUCUGACAUCUGACUGGUUGG